UUCUGCUACUGGAAGACCAGUAGCAACCCCAAGCAGAAGACUGCAAACCUCGAGUGGUACCUCCAACUCCACUUCCAAUGAACUUAAAAUCUCGUCGCAAAUACCUUCUGGAAGCAGAAAUACUGCAUCUACCAGUCGGUAUGUUGCCUCUUCUGUCACGGCCAAAAGCAGUGACAAGUCAGAAACCAAAUCCACAAGGAGAAUUCCACCCUCUAAAAAGGCCCAUAACGACCGCCGUAUGGCUACACGAAUUCUGCAGCGCGUAGGUGAGAUCCCGGCCGAUAAAAUCAGUCAGCAACAGGCCUCAUCCCUUGAAUGGGCCAAAAGCAUCUUGGCCAAAUCAAGCAAUAAAGAGGCUUCCAAACCGGACCAAGUGUCUAAAAGACAAAGGUCUCAGGAGGAAGAACCCCCUCUUACGAAAAAACCAAGAGGUUACAAUGUACUGGUACGACCGUACAGUGAGGUUGCGAAGGACAAUCUCAUUAUAGGUGUCCUGGAUAGGAGUGCCGAGGAGGGGAGAAUCCCCAAAGACAAAUGGAAAUGGGUGUCGGCCGCGCUGGCAGACAUCUUCCUCCAAGUUUUGGAAGAAAACCCAGGACCUGCUCCCUCCUGCGAAGACGCGGGUUGGCACCAAGGACAAGUGAAAUUGGUAGCUUGCAAGGAUGCGAGAUCGGUUGCCUUGUACAAGGCAGCUGUCUCUAAAGUAGGAGAGAUCUGGCCUGGAGCCAGACUUGAAGCGGUAGACAAGAAGGAUAUACCAUCUCGUCCUAGGGCCAGGGUUUGGAUUCCAACUAAACAAACUGACCCGGAGCAAAUUCUGAAAAUAAUCAGGAUCUGUAACCCCAACCUUCCAACUGGAAAUUGGAAGGUGGUAAAAUUAGAGGAGCCUGUUGGACCGACCAGACAAGCUGUCCUUGUAUUAAAUGCGGAGUCAUUGAAACCGCUCACCGAAGCUAAGUACGUAAUCUCCUAUGGCUUUGAGAAACUAAAUCUCAAGGUCUAUCGUACCGAUGCCACGGAAGAACCGGAGAAGAUUACGUCUGCUCAGCCCUUGCUGGAGGAACCAGCUAAAGAACCAAUGCUAAGACAGCAGAGUUGUGAGGAAACACAGAGUGAAGACCUGCCAGAUCAAAUGGAGGUGGACUCGCUCUCUCUGGUGUCUGAAGACAAAUCGGAUGCGGGGUCGGUGACCAGUCUGGGCAACCUAUUCGAUGAGAGUGGGCUCCUGGAUUCGGAUGACGAAGCCGAUAAAACGGUGGUAGAGGUUCAGGUACCUGAUGAAGGUGCUUCAAAUUAAUCUCCACCACUCUAAAGCUGCUUCA